ACUCUCAUUCGCGAGUGGCUCAACUGACCUGAGAUUGAAUCGACCUCUCAAUCUAAAACUCACAUUCCAAUCACAAUUUGCAUGAGUUUUCUUACGCUACAGAGGACCCAGGGGCCAGCACAAUGGCUUUAGGCAUGCCUUUCAUUCCUCUUUAUGGACACACACUUCUAUAGCUUAAAGAUGAGUUGCUGUGAAUCUUGCAAACCAAAAACCAAAAUUUUGGCUGUAAUAUUUGACUUGGAUGGGACCAUUUUGGACACAGAGAGACUUACAAAGGGAUUGUUGAAAGAAUACUUAGCAAAAUAUGGGAAAGAAGUGGACAUGGAAAGGGAAGAAAAGAAGCGAAUGGGAAUGACACAAAAGGAGUCAGCUGCUGCAAUUGUUAAGGACUAUGCCCUCCCAUUGACACCUGAUCAAUAUAUCAAAGAAAUCACUCCCAUGUAUAGCGAAAAGUGGCUGCAAGCGAAACCACUUCCUGGGGCUAAUCGGCUUAUGAAACAUCUCCAUAAACAUGGAGUGCCAUUUGCUCUUGCUUCAAACUCUUUAAGAGAAUACAUAGAUGCAAAGAUAUCUCUCCAAAAAGGUUGGAAGGAGUACUUUUCAGUGAUUCUUGGAAGUGACCAGGUCAAAUCGGGAAAGCCCUCUCCAGAUCUAUUUGAAGAGGCUGCAAAGAGAAUGGGUGUAACUGCAACUCACAGCCUGGUGAUUGAAGACUCUUUGGUUGGUGUUCAAGCAGCUAAUGCAGCAAAAAUGAAGGUAGUUGCUGUUCCAUCCCAUAGUGAAACUGAUUGUUAUGCCCUAGCAGAUUCUGUGCUUCAUUCGCUUCUCGAAUUUCAACCUGAGCAAUGGGGUCUUCCACCAUUUGACGACUGGGUAGAUAAUGCAUUACCUAUUGAACCAAUUCAUGUGACCAUUGUAUCUAUCAACGGCUGUGUGUGUGAAGUCAUAGAGAAUGGAGUAUCUGCUCUUCCAGACCAAAUUUUUGGAGUUUACUUUGGUUGGGUCAAAGUUGAUCCGCAUAAAAGGUUCAAAGUUGUGGUUAGCAUUGGAUGGGAUCAGUGUUCCUGUAUUUCUAAGAGAAAAUUUCAUAUUUGCAUAAUUGAUGGAAACAUUGACUGCAUAUCUGGCCAGCAGAGCCAGCUCACACUUGUUGGCUACAUCCGUGGAUUGAACAGCAAGGAUAUUACAUCAAUGACUGUGGAAGUACUAGAAGAAUAUAAGUCCGUUGCAAAUGUUUCAAUGGAUCUGCCUAUGUUCGUCCACCAUUCCUGUGAACCUCUCCUUUCGGAAGCUUGUGCUCCAGAGGACUAAUUUGGCUCUGAUGAGAAAGAAUAAUGUUGUAACCUAUAAUUCCUUGGAUAGUACUUCAACAAUUUCACACCAAUAGAAAUGGUGAACUAAAAAUAAUUUUUUCUCUUUUUGUUGACAA